AUGGCAGGUGCACAGUACCUGGAGAGACCUCGUGUUCAAGGGACAUUGGAAAACACAUACAGAAGGCUGAAGAAGGCUGUCACUCGUCCUGAGAGGUACGACACUCCUGCCGCUAUGUUCACUCCUUCUGCUGCCCACCCAACACUUCUCCCUCGUAGGCACCAGAUCCCACACCAGGACCGGUUUCCCGUCCAAAUUUCUCCUACGAUGAGUCAGGCACCUCAACUCCCACCCCUCAGUUGGAUGACACCUCUGGUUCUUUUCCAUUCAGGCUGCUCGAGACAUGCAUCACAGAGAUCAUCCGAAGCAAGUAUGAUUAGACGUUUAUAUCCUGGAAACAGAUCCCGAUUGCCACUCGAUACAUGUGCUUCCAUGAUAUUUCUUCUCUUUCAUCUCCUAUUAUUGGCCGUUGUAACCGCAGUUGCUGGUGCGGGAGCCGGAUUUUCUACCCGGGGGCUGAGCGACGAGGAAGCGGGAUAUAUUCGGCAUCGGCAGCUUCUUUACUAUCGUGAUGAGUUUGGUGAUCGGGGUGAGAAAGUCGACGUCGACCCGUCGCUCUUCUUCCCCAACUCGCACCUCCGUAACGCCUACAUUGCACUUCAGGCUUGGAAGCAGGCGAUCGUCUCAGAUCCCUUGAAUCUUACCGGGACAUGGGUGGGACCUGAUGUCUGCACUUACAAGGGCGUAUUCUGCGCGCCACUGCCUUCGAACCGUAGCCUCAUCGUUGUCGCUAGUAUCGAUCUCAACCACGCCGACAUCGCCGGAUACCUGCCGGAGGAGCUGGGGCUUCUCACCGACCUGGCUGUAUUCCAUGUCAACUCCAACAGGUUCUGCGGUACGAUUCCACAUCGCUUUGAUCGCCUUCACCUACUCUUCGAGCUCGAUCUCAGUAACAACCGUUUCGCCGGGAAGUUCCCUGACGUUGUGCUGCGUCUACGGUCUCUCAAAUAUCUUGACCUCCGUUUCAAUGAGUUCGAAGGCACUGUACCCUCUGAGCUUUUUGACAAGGAUCUCGACGCCAUUUUCAUUAACAGCAACCGAUUCCGGUUCAAUAUCCCCAAUAACAUCGGGAACUCUCCCGUCUCUGUCAUCGUUCUCGCCAACAAUCGCUUUGGUGGGUGCUUACCGGCGAGCAUCGGUAACAUGUCGAGAACCCUCAACGAGAUUAUUCUCAUGAACAAUGGCCUCAGAUCUUGCUUCCCUAAGGAGAUCGGACUGCUCAAGAAACUCACCGUGCUUGAUGUGAGCUUCAACCAACUUAUCGGCCCGUUACCGAAUGAGAUCGGCAAUAUGCGGAGCUUGGAACAGCUCGAUGUAGCGCACAAUCUACUUUCUGGUCAGAUACCGGCGUCGAUUUGCAAUCUCCCGCGGCUUAAGAACUUCACAUUCUCUUACAAUUUCUUCACCGGAGAGCCACCUGCUUGUAUUAGGGUCCCAUCGUUUGACGAUAGGAGAAACUGUUUACCUGGCCGGCCGGCUCAGCGAACGCCAGCGCAAUGCUCUGCUUUCGGGCGUCUUCCGGUUCGCUGCAGUUCAUUCAAUUGUGCACCAUUUGUUCCUUCACUUCCACCGCCGCCACCGCCGUCUCCUCCACCACCUUCGCCCACCAUCUCACCGCCUCCAACACCUGUAGUUUCUCCUCCUCCUUCCCCACCACCCAAGUCUCCUCCACCACCUCUGAGCCCACAUUUCUCGCCUCCACCUCCACCUCCGCUGUACCCCUCUCCUCCACCACCGCCACAUUCUCCUCCACCACCGCCACAUUCUCCGCCGCCACCUAAUUCACCACCUCCACCGCCAAUUUAUCAGUUUCUUUCCCCACCUCCCCCCCAAAAGUCACCACCACCUCCAUGCAUCGAGCCUCCGCCGCCACCUCCUCCAUGUAUAGAGCCUCCACCUCCACCAUGUAUAGAAACACCAUCCCCUGCAACAUCACCACCCCCUCCUCAAUCACCUCCACCAUCUCCCAUACCUCACUUGCCACCACCAUCACCCUCACCACCUCCACCUUCAUGGUCCCCUCCACCUCCAUAUCACUUUGAAUCCCCUCCCCCACCUUCUCCAUCACCACCACCUCCUUUCCACUAUCAAUCCCCUCCGCCGCCUUCUCCGUCACCGCCGCCACCACACCAUUAUAAAUCUCCACCACCGCCCUACCGCUAUGAAUCCCCACCUCCGCCUUCUCCAUCUCCACCACCACCGCCGCGAUAUGAAUCUCCACCACCGCCUUACCGCUAUGAAUCUCCACCCCCGCCUUCUCCAUCUCCACCACCGCCAUAUCGAUAUGAAUCUCCACCCCCACCUUCUCCACCACCACCUCCACCACCAUCUCCACUUCCCUGUGAAACUCCUCCCCUACCUUCACCACCAGUGUAUGAAGGUCCAUUGCCGCCAGUAAUUGGAAUCUCUUAUGCAUCUCCUCCACCCCCUUCUAUCCCUUAUUACUGAUUCUUUGAGAAUCACUCUCUUCUUUUUCCUUCACUCCAUCCAGAAGAAAAAACAAUUGUUCUUUAAUUUGUUUUAAACUUUUACCAUCCAUGACCAUCAUUAUGGUGAUGAUGGAGAACUGUAAAGCAGAACAUUUAGAGUAUUGGUCUUUUGUGAUGACGAGACUUAUGAAGGUUAAGUAAAUCUAUUGCAAUUUGUGAAGAGGAAGGAUGGCACUGU